AUGCCGCAGCUGCCCUCGCAGAACGCUCGAAGCAGCCCCACUGACAGCUGGAACGGAGCAGCAGGCGGAGCAGGUUCCGAAAGUGCUGACUUGAGUCCCCGCAGUUUGCCCAGGUCAGAGCCCGAUUCUGCUGGCUCAGAGAAGCCGGGAAGGGCAGGGCUCAAGUCAGUUUCUACCGCUGCGAGGGCGGCAGUUCGGUUCAGGCACCUGGCUACGAGUGCAAAGACCAACGAAGCAAGCGAGAGCUCAAGCGGUCGUGAAGCACGGCUCAUUCGCAGACAUCCAUUUUUUGCCGACACUUCCAAAGACUUCCGCGAAGAGGUGGUGCAGGCGGUGAGGCCCUACAAUGUAGAUGCGAUCGAGCCCGGGAUCUCCAGAAAGGCGGACUCCCUCUCUGAUGCGCUCUUCGAUCCACUGCCGGCGAUCGUCACCAACCAGGUCAUCAUGCAGCCGGGCUGUCGUGUUCCUGACGAGCGGAAAGGCAUUGUCUUGGCCCUUGGUGACCAUCAAGACUUGCAGGUUUUGUACCAUCAGACAACGCUCAGCUCCGACUUGCACGACAGCUUCAUCCCGGGAGUUGCCGGCCAGGAUGUUGCGUUUCAGCUAGUGGAGCAGAGCUUAUUCCGUGUACAGAAGCGUCCUUCGGCGGAUCUUUGCCUGCUUCGUGCGGACGACCUGGAGCGCCUGUCACAGAGGUAUGCCGAGGAUUAUCAGAAGCUGCAUCAACGUGCACGCAAGAUGACGUGCAGCCUUAUCAGGGCAUGGGCUCGAAAGUUCCACAUGCGCUGCUAUCCCAAGCUUUUUUGCAAUGUUUCCCAGGAAUUCAUGUCCACCUUCGCGGAUUUGAUGCAAGUAAGAGUCCAUGCAGCCGGGCAGACGAUUUGCGCCGAGGGCGAUCCUGGCAAUUUCGGCUUCUACCUCCACUCAGGACGCGCCUUGGUCUGUCGGGGCAGCACUUCCAUCAUCAGAUUGUCUCGAGAGCAAGACGGUGCUUGGAAGAGUUGGUGGGGAAUGCUGGAGGUUGGUGCAACAUGUGUCGAGCAGACUUGCACCGUGGUUGCCGAGAGCGACUGCGUGGCCUGGGUCUUGCAGAUCAAGGACUCGGAGGAGCUCCGCGUCAAGUUCCCGCGCGAGAGCAGCCUCUUCGAUCGAAUCUCCAUCAGGCACCUGCAGCUUCUUAGCCCACACAUGGAUGGCAUGCGAAGCAUUGCAAUGUUCGCUGACUGCGGUCAAGAGUUCCAGGAGAUGCUGAGCAGCAACUUCGUGCAGAGGAUCUGCUCCCGAGAUGAGGUUGUCGUGCAGGAAGGAGAUUUUGGAGAGGAAAUGUUUGUGCUGGUGCUUGGCAAGUGCAAAGUUCUUCGAAGUGGCAGCGACCGGUUCAGUCGGCUACAUCCAGGAAGCUGCUUUGGAGGCCUCGCGGCUCUGGGAAUUUCCAAGACGCGAAAAGAGACCGUCAUGGCUGACACCGUCUGUGAUAUCCGGGCGCUAAGCCGCAAAGCGCUCUUGGCCGUUCUCGAUAAAUUCCCGGAAGAGGAGGAGCGAAUGAUGGCAAUUGUGGAGGCGCACAGCCAAAGCAGGAAGGCGGCCUCUCUGGCAUUGGAGCAAGCCAGUGCGGGCGAGGGAGGCUUCAGUCAGGAUUUUAUUCGAAUGCUGGUGGACAACAUGUAUGAACAACCCUACAUGGUGAACCAGGUCAUCCUGCAGCAGGGAAUGCCAGGCACCCAUUUCGUGGUACUGGUGCAUGGAAUUGUGGAGAUUGAAGCGAAUGGAAUGGUAGUCGCGACCGUGAGUGCUCCAGGCAUCUUCGGCGAGCGUGGCUUCCUGGUAUCCGGCAGUCGAAGUGGAGCAACGGUGAGAUGCACCACCGUGGCCGAGUGCAUGAUGCUUCCUGUGGAUGGCCCAUCCACGCCAGUGAUCCGGCAACUGUACCAGGCGGACAUCCAGAAGUUGGAGCGCAUGCUCCAGAAAAAAAUGCAGUCAACCGUUCAAACCUUGUCUCAGAAGGGUUCGAAUUUACCACAAGCGCAGCAGAACACAAGCUUCCUGAAGAACUGUGACCCGUCCUUCCUUACACGCAUGGCGCAGCAUUUGGAGAAACAGGUGUUCAUGGCUGGACAACCUUUGCUUGAAGAGGAUGUUGAUGCAGGCUUCUGCCUGCUUAUCCAACAAGGCGUGGCAUGCGUGGAGAAGGCAGGCAAGGUCGUGGCCAAGAUCGGUGCGGGAGAGUUCAUAGGUGAGCUCGUGGCUUUGGGAUUUGCCACUGCUGCUUCUCAAACCAUUCGAGCCGAAGAAAGGGUGCUGGCGUUCGCCAUAAAUAACGAUGCGUUCCGGGAGCUGGUGGACGAAUUUCCGGAGGAGAAGCAGAAGCUUUUGGAGCUCGCCCGGCAGCGCAUACAGGCCAAUGUUGGGCGGAGGCGGAGUUCACGAGGUUUGUUUGGUCGACCAGAUCUCCUCAAGGCUGUGAGUGUUGUUGCGGCAUUCCAGAAGAACGAGGAGCGACGAUCCUCUCGAAGUCUCACCGGCGAGGGCGUCCUGCUACAGCCGGAAGACACCCAUCAGGUGCGGCGACUUCCCGGCUACCGGAGUGGUGUUAAAUGGGUAAAACAACGGCGUGCAGCGCUUGAGGAAGCAACGUAUGUAAAGCUGAAGAGAACCACUCUCAGAAACCAACAAGCACCCGGUGACGAGUUUGAGCCGUUGGUGCCGCUGCCUCCGCUCCAGGGCUAUCGCCCCCCGGAGAAGGGCCCAGGAACACCGUGGUCUGCACAGUCGCAGCGUCAGGCCAUGCCUGCAUCGGUGAUGAGGUUGCGCAAGUUCAAGAAGCUGUACGGGAGGAACGUCUGGCUCGAGACGUGCAUUCCGUGGAGCCGACCCAGCAUACCCCCGCCGUCGGGCAGCUCAACGCCAAUCGCAGGCCUUGCGACGGAGGACAAGGGCAGUCGCUCCGCUGCACGGCCUCGUCCUCUGGAGCUGAAUGACGACGGGCAGGAUGCGGCACCUGUCUCGAUGGAGCCCGCCUCCCCAACUUCGCCGGAAGCAGCGAAAGCUUUGAGACAGAAGCUUGCCGGAACACUGGCUCCAUCCAUGUUCGAGCAGAUGCACAAGUGGUUCUCAGCUGUGCAGGGGGAUGACGAAGAGGAGCGCAGCCCAAUCGAGAAGCUGAGUCUCUUUCUGCAGCAGGAGGAGGAGGCUGAGGAAAGCUACAGACGAGAACGGCGGCAUUCGCACCUUUGCAAGGGCUUCCAUGCGUGGAAGGUGUUCUGUUUUGGUCGAGGCACUGCAUCGAAAAGUGCUGCGGCGGCAGAUGAGCCCAACAUCGUCGACCUGGACUACAGCUCUCGAGAAGGCGGGGAGGGGUGGUUGGCUUUGGACAUUGCAGACCGCGAGGGCCUCAAUUUGACAAGUGGGGCAUCUACGGCUCGAAUUGCGGAAUAUAAGCGGGAUGUGAAAGCAGAGUCUCUUACAUGUACAUGCCAGUUUUCUCAGAGACGCAACAGCGAUCACAGCGACCUUGACCGUGCACUGGAUGGCUCAAGCGAGCGUAAAAGCAAGUGUGCGCCAGUGCGAGGGAGCUUUGCAAUCUCGCACUGGUAG